ACUGCCGAAGGAAAAGAUGGGGAGAACAGCACUGGCAGUGGGGCCGCCUUGUCUUCCUCAGGAGGUAUGAGCGGAGGAGGCGGAGGGAUGGGCGAGGAUGGGAGUGAUGACAGCUUUGACUUGGAUGAUGGGAGCUAUAUGGAUGACGAGGGGUCCGAUUCGGCCAAGAAAGACGGGAAGACUCGAACCCGACACUCCGGUAGUGGUCGGAACAUUAACCAGUAUGGCCGUGAGUUUACCAACGGGCGACCCCUGCCCGACCACUUGAGGGUUCAGAUCCUGCAGCUGGCGCUGCAGGGCAUCAGGCCAUGUGAGAUCAGUCGUCAGCUGCAGGUAUCGCACGGCUGUGUCAGCAAGAUCCUUAACAGGUACCGCAAGACUGGAAGCAUCAACCCCGGGCAGAUUGGUGGCAGCAAACCCAAGGUGACCACCCCGGAUGUGGUCAGUAUGGUCCGGCAGUACAAGCUGGACAACCCUCAGAUGUUUGCCUGGGAAAUUCGACAGAAACUACUGCAAGAUAACGUAUGCUCUGAGAAAAACAUCCCUAGUAUCUCAUCCAUUAACCGAAUCAUCCGAGACAAAACUUUGACCCAUCGCAGAGGUUACGACCUGGUCGCGGAUGGAGAUGAGAUGGACGAGCUGGGCUUGGAUGCUGAGGCGAUGCAGAGGUAUAUUGCAGCUAUCCCUCACGUGUCCUCGGAUCUGUCCAGCUUCCACGCAGCUUCAUUAUCUCCUUCUGCAGACGCACACAAUGCUAAACUAGACACACAGCUGAAGCCAGAAUCAGUGGAUGAUGCUCCAGAAGGAGCUGGAGGUGUUCGUCUGGAGAAGUCGUCUAGUGUCGAGGGCAGUCCGGCUCCAUCUGACUGCCAGUCGAGGAUGAAAGCUCCAGAAUCUAGUCAUGUUGUGACGGUUGCUUCCUCAUCACUUGUCAAAGAAGAGCGUGAGAAUGAGUCCGUGUUGUCAGGGGCUAGCACUCCUUGUAUGACUUCAGCUGGUUGUGAUGGUGCUCUAGUCCAUGAGUGUGAGUUGGUGGUGGCUGUCAAGCAGGAGACGCAGGAUUCGAAGUUCCCCAGUGGCAACACUAAAUGCAGCAGUGAGGUUGAGGACAAUGAAGUCUUGGUGCUAACUGUUGGAAAACGAGAAAUUAUAUCCAUAGACGAUAGAGGAGGAGGAGUAGAAAAUAUUGCUAGUCAAAGUUCUGAGAUGGACACCAAGAGAAGCAGGACUCUUGCUGUUAAUGAGAGUCAGAGGAAGCACAAGGCAGAGAACUCAAGGCCUAGUCUAAAUGAAGUCAUAUCAAAUUUGUCUCAAGGGGCUGCUCUUCUGAGUGAGCUGUCUGCAUCGUCGCCUUUGUCACCUUCAUUAUCAUCAUCGGUGCUGUGGAAUAAGUUGUCGAAGCCGGUUAUGACUGAAGGAAGUCUCCAGUCACAGGAUGCCAAGUUGAUAGCUGGCAGAUCCAAGUCCAGCCCACUUUCUGUCAACAAGACUUCCUGGUUUGCGCUUCCUGGGUCAUAUUAUCCUUCUAAUGAGGUUGCUGCUACAGUAUCGGCAACAGGGGGAGCUAUUCUGUCUGCUGCCCAGGUUGAUCAGCACUGUCCUCCUCAACUUGUCACCAGUUCGUCAAAUACUCCAGCGGCAGCAACAUUGGCUUCAGUACCUGGGUCGGGGACAGUACAUCACACACCCACUCGGAGAAGAUCCAGGAAAUCCACAAGUGGGGUCAGAGAAACUAGCAGCAGUCCCACUGCAACCAAUCCGACUCGGAAUCAUCCAGGCAGCAAGGCAUUGAGCAGUCCUCUGGCAAGUUUUGCCUCGACUUCUUGUCCCUCCCCAGUAGUCCCACCAAAUGCCUCCCUUUUCCAGCUGCCUUAUGCUCCGGUGCUGCCUGCAGUGUAUGAUUACAACCUCCCAGAUCGAGGCCUCUCUGCAGCUACAGCAUCCAUCUUGGCCACCAACCCACGGUUUGCCCAAACCCACUUAACUGCCACACAGCCAUUCAUGAUGGGUUAUUUCCCUUUGCCUCCAGUCUGGGGAGGAGCAGGGUCAGUCGCCGUGGGAGCACCUACAGCCACAAACUUCAGCCUCCCAACCCCACUAGACUUAUCAUCGCCAAACAAAGACAAGCUGAGAUCAGAAACCUGCGACAAACUCGCAUCAGAAAGAUGUGCUGCGGUUAAGGAUGUCAUUAACAAGGAAUCACCUGGUACCCAAGCAUCAGCUCCUUCUCAAACUGGUCAUUGUAGUCAGCAUAUCAGAGAUGUCACCAGAAAGAGCAGCCGGGGUAGUCACAGCAAAACCAAAGCUAGCAUCAGAAACCUGCAUGAAAAGGACACUGCAAAUGGCAUCAAAGGACAAGUUGACCUUAACAGAAAGGAUUCAGAAAAGGCAUCCAAGGAUACAUAUCAAGAUCUGUCUAAAUCCCCUGAGGCUGUCACUUCCAAGCCAAAAUAUGAGAAGAACCUGCUGCUCUUUGGAGACAAAGAAAUUGAAAUUAUGUCGGUAGGCAAGCUGAGAUGGGUGGCAAGAAAUGAGACGGAUCUUUUGCGGAUUGCGCAGGCCAAUUUAAAGAAAAGUAACCCUGUCUGUGAUUCAGCGACAGUUGUUCUGGAAGCCAACUCAUCAACCGAGAACUCGGUGUGCGGGGAGUUUAGGUCGGCCAGCAGUAGCAGUUGUAAUACUCGAGACCGUACAGAUUGUCCUGUCUCGAGUUCAGUCAGGCGAGAUGAAGGCGACCAGGAAGAAGGUAGACAGUCUCCUAAAAAGGCAACCAAAUCAAAGGUAACUACUGUUCAUGAUCCAUCCCUUUCCUCAUCUCCCAGUAAGUGUGCUAAGCUUAGUGACAGUCUACUGUCUCAGAAAAAUGAUAUUAUUGAUAUAAAGAAAUCCAACUCACUGCCCGCUAUGAACUUGCCAAACUUCCUCAUUGACUCAGUUGGGAUCGAUUCCCACUCUGUCGCCCACUCAUCACCCUCGUCGUCAUUGUUGACUUCACUGGCUGAAAACCUCCCCAGUAUUAUCAGAGGAUCGUCGUCUGCUCUGUCCACAAACCUAAAGCACAAGCGGGAAGAGCUGCUGAUGGACAGGAAAUCCAAAGUGCUGUCAUCCAGUGCUGCGUGUACUAGCACUGACAGCUGUCUUCCUAUCGAGACUAGUGCCAUGGUGGAGUCUUCGACAGCUAAAACAAAGUAUACCCAAGACGUCCACUGCGACAUCGAGAGUGACGCCAUGGAAGCCAACUCUGUAUCCGGCAUCACCAAGGAGGAUGAAUCUCUGCCCAGAGAAUAUUCCCUUCUGUCAAGCAUGCUGAAAUCAACUCAUUGA